AAUUUCAUUCCGUACGGAGAAUUGCAAUUUAUUACACAAACAGUCAAUAAAAACCAUUCAAGCUGUCGUCCAAAGUGGAUAUUGAUAUGAGCCUUACGACAGACUUCGGGCCAGAUUCUGGCGGCCGUGUGAAGGGACUAACAAUAGUAAAGCCUAUAGUUUACGGUAAUAUAGCCCGUUACUUCGGCAAGAAACGCGAAGAGGAUGGUCAUACACAUCAAUGGACUGUUUAUGUAAAACCUUACGCAAACGAGGAUAUGUCGACUUAUAUAAAAAAAGUUCACUUUAAACUUCACGAAAGCUACGCGAACCCCAAUAGGAUCGUGACCAAGCCCCCUUACGAACUCAUGGAGACUGGUUGGGGAGAGUUCGAGAUCGUUAUAAAGUUAUACUUUCAUGAUCCCAAUGAAAGACCACUUACUCUAUACCACAUACUGAAAUUAUUCCAAUCGCCGGUCACUGAAGGUACUCCCCCAACAUUUGGACAUGCUCUCGUCAGUGAAUCUUAUGAGGAAAUAGUAUUCCAAGAACCAACUCAACUAAUGCAGCAUUUGUUGAAGAAUGUCAGACCAAUUACGAAUGGACAUUGGAAACAUGACACGGACUUUGAAGAGAAGAAAGAGAAGACUUUAGAAAGAAUAAUAGAAGCACAAACAAAAGUGAGGACAGAGAUAUCAGAGCUGAAAGAGAAACUUAGUCUUGCAAAGGAAACCAUAGCUAAGUUCAAGGAAGAAAUUGCCAAACUACAGAAUAGUUCAGGGAACAAUAUUAUAAUGAUGUAAUUUUAAACGACAAAUGACAAAGACCAUUUUACAAAAAAAAAGUUGUAAAGCUUGUAAAUAAGUAAGCAUAUUAUUGAAUAUUUAGUGUAAGUGUCUUCCAUAUGAAAAAAGGGGAUCAGUGAUUCACAACCCUAACCUAAUGAAUGUACUAUCUGAAUUUAUUUAUUACUGAACUUAUUACUGAACUAUUACUUAUUACUGAACUAUUACUUAUUACUGAAUUAGCUUCCAAGUGUAAUCAGUCUAUGCUAAAACCAAAAAAAGGAAAAAAGGCUGUCAUUACGAUUACGGUAUUUCGUGUUUUUAUUUGGAUGGCAGUUCAUAUAUUGUAGCCAUUUGCCUUAUGUUUGGUAAUUGUUUAUCCAAACCAUCUAAUAUGUAGUACUAAUUACGAGUUCGGGUUUGAAGGGUGGAACAAUUAUUAUACUACAAGUAUACAAUUGAGAUUCACAGAUAAUUUCACAUCACAAUAUCUAUACACUGUGAAUACUGCUUAAUACGCGAUAAAGAAAUUUAUAUAAAUGAAAAUUCAGAAGACUAUUCCCAAAUAUAAAGACUGAACAAAAAGUCAAUGUAGUUUGAGUGAAAACUAUUAUAGUAAAUUUAAGUACUUUAAUGAGAAUUUUUCUGUUAAAAUUGAAGAAAACUGCUCAGACUGAAAAUCCAUUUUCAAAGAGUUUUAAAAUCGUCAUUUUCUCUUCCACUAGUUCCUCCUAA